GGAGGAAGGCGGCGGCGCGCUCCGGCCUUGGCACGCCUUGCUCGGCCCGCGGCUCGCCUGCCAGCCUCGCCCAGCGGCUCUGCGGCGGCGAAGGGAGGCCGAGAAGGAAGGGGGGACGCCCGCCGGCCGGAGGAACCUGCCCCGCUUUCGCGAGGCUUCUCCUGCGUGCGGAUUUCUGCGGAAAGGUUCUCCCAGUCGUAAUACUGGCUACUCCAAUCAUCGCACGAGUGAGACCACUCCCCCACCAAUAUGGCGGACGAAGACCUGAUCUUCCACAUCGAAUGCCUCGACAAUGUCAAAUUACCCAAAGUGGCCUCUGGGAACUGCCAUGACACUGAUAGUGAAGGGGAGGAUAACUACUAUAUCUGCCCGAUCACAGAUGACCCGAUCUUGAGCAAGGAGGCUCAUGACAAAGCCAGCACCUAUUACAGCAACUUGGCAAGAAAUGAGCAAUAUUCAUCCAGCUCGUCUCCCCGGCAUUCCUUCAAUUUCAGGAAUGGCUCUCAGCAACAUGCUAAGCAAGGCACAGUGGUUGAACGUAGCCGGGAAGCCUGGAAGCACGCCAUCGAGAAAGCCAAGCACAUGCCUGACCCCUGGGCGGAAUUUCAUCUGGAGGAGAUAGAAACGGAGAACGCCACGCGGUACAGGUACAACGCUGUUACCGGGGAGUGGGUUGAAGAUGAGGUUCUGAUCAAAAUGGCUUCACAGCCUUUUGGUCGAGGAGCGAUGCGGGAAUGCUUCAGAACAAAAAAGCUGUCUAAUUUUUUGCACACUCAGAAUUGGAAAGGUGCCUUUAACUAUGUGGCUAAGCGAUACAUAGAAACAGUCAACAGGGAUGUCUACUUUGAGGAUGUACGACUCCAAAUGGAGGCCAAGCUGUGGGGAGAAGAAUACAACAGGCACAAGCCCCCCAAACAGGUGGAUAUAGUUCAGACCUGCAUCAUCGAAAUGCAUAAUAGGCCGGGCAAACCUCUUUUCCACUUGGAACAUUACAUUGAGGGCAAGUACAUCAAAUACAACUCGAACUCAGGAUUCGUACGGGACGACAACAUUCGCCUCACCCCACAGGCAUUCAGCCAUUUCACAUUUGAACGCUCAGGACACCAGUUGAUCAUUGUCGACAUUCAAGGAGUUGGAGACCUUUACACAGACCCUCAGAUCCACACAGAGAGUGGCACAGACUUUGGAGAUGGCAACCUCGGUGUCCGGGGGAUGGCCUUGUUCUUCCAUUCUCACUCCUGCAACAAGAUUUGCCAAAGCAUGGGACUGAUGCCUUUCGACCUCUCCUCGAAAGAGAAGGAUGCCUUGCUGAGGAACAACAAGCAGCUUGAAUUUGCUAAGACUGUUGUGCGAGGAACAGAAGAAAAAUGCGGAAGCAGCCGCGUAAGAACCAUCUCCGGCAGCCGGCCUCCUCUGCUUUUCCGUUUGUCUGAAAACUCUGGGGAUGAAAGCAUGAGCGAUGUGGCGUUCGACUCAUUGCCCUCUUCCCCUUCUUCAGCGACACCACACAGCCACAAACUGGAGCAUCUUCAUUGGCCAGUAUUCAAUGAAGUUGACGAUUUGGUUCAUAAAGAUCAUGAUGUCCUUGACAAUCAAAGGGACUGUGAAAAUGGAGGUGACAGCGGAUACCCCAGUGAAAAGAGGAGUGAACAAGAAGACAUGGACCACCGAGAAAAAGGGCAUUCUAACUGCAACCGAAGACAUGAAUGUGAUGAAGACAGUCUGGGCAGCUCUGCAAGGGUCAGUGUGGAGAAAUGGAAUCUGUACAAUGCUGCCAGAGUUCACAUUCACAGACCCUCCUGCGUGGCGGUGGAAGUGCAGAGACUCAAUGCCUUGGAGCUUGAGAAGAAAAUUGGGAAAUCCAUCCUUGGGAAGGUCCACUUGGCCAUGGUCCGUUACCAUGAAGCCGGGCGUUUCUGCGAGAAAGACCAGGAAUGGGAUAAAGAAUCGGCCAUUUUUCACCUGGAGCACGCAGCCGACUGUGGAGAACUGGAGGCCAUCAUUGGGUUGGGGCUCAUGCACUCGCAGCUGCCACAUCACAUUCUUUCCGAGGUCACUCUAGAGGACAGUGAGGAAAAUAGGAUCAAAGGCUUUGAUUACUUACUCAGAGCAGCAGAAGCUGGAGAUCGUCCUUCCAUGAUCCUCGUUGCAAGAGCGUAUGAUACCGGACUCAGUCUUGCUCCUGAUAGACACCAGGACUGGAAGGAAGCCUUGUAUUGGUACAAUGCUGCAUUGAACAUGACCGAUUACGAUGAAGGAGGGGAAUACGAUGGAACUCAAGACGAGCCUCGGUAUCUCCUCCUGGCAAGGGAAGCUGAGAUGCUCCUGACUGGAGGGUUUUAUCUGGACAAGGACCCGCAGAGAUCAGGUGAGCUCUUCACGGAAGCUGCUGAGGAGGCAAUGCAAGCCAUGAAGGGCAGGCUGGCCAACCAAUACUACCAGAAAGCAGAAGAGGCCUGGAGUUUGAUGGAGGAGUGAAACUGGCAAAGAAGCUCUUUUCCUGUAUAUAUUGGAGAUACACAUUUUCUAAAAGACUUUUAUUUUGUUUGGGGUGGGGUAGGGCAGGGUGGGAAGAAAGAAAGAAAAAAAGAUGUAUUUUUAUGUGUUGUUAACUGAUCUUGUGUUUUUCUUAUGACAAUUUUUCUAACUCUGUUUCAACUGAAAGAUGAACAGAAGCAGUAGAAUGUACUGUGACUGGCACUUCAGAGCUGCAAUAUUAGUUGCUGUUGAUAUUUUUGUAAAAACGUCUGAGCAGGGAAAAUCAUUUCUUCACGUGAGGGGAACUAAGCAGACUGCCCCUUAAAUGGCAUAUUUAUGGUAAGCACGAUAGCAAGUAAGUUCUCCAAAUUCCAUCUCAGCCUUCUUCUAUUACAAAAUGCAGAUUUUUUUUGCCCUGGUUGGGCCUCGUUUGUUACAAAUGCACAACUGUCUUGAGCUGAGAGUCCACAGCUGGGCAGAGCUGUGAGAAGCUGCAUGGCAAAGCUGUAGAAGAUGGCUUUUUACCCUGCAAUUCUUGAUUCUGUGGGAAGGGGCAGGAAGAGAGUCCCGAUAGAAGAAAGCAUCUUCCUCGAACUGUCUUUUCAUCUUUCAUUCUGUCUGCUUUAUCUUCCCUCCUUCCUCCCAGGAGCUCAGAGUGUCCCUGCCUCCCUCUGCCUGUUUAUCCUCACAACAAACCUGUCAGGUGGGUCAGGCUAGACUCCGCUGUAGGUCCAGAGUGCUUCUUGGCUCAGUGAGAAAUGGAUUCACAGUCUCCCUGGUUCUUGUGUUGACCCACACACCAGAGCAGAAGCAGGGGCUGAAUUAACGGUGACCCCACAGGCAAUUGCAGGGCUACAUUUUGCCCCCGGGACUGCUGUCACCUGCAAGCCCUGGGGCAAGACACUGCAGGGUCCCUAGCCGUAUGGCCAUGGGGCAGGUGCUCUCUGAUCUCCUGCCGGCUUAUCUGGUUGUGCUUUUCCCCUGCAGUGAAGCCACUGUUUCUUUAAACAAAGAGAAACUGAGGUGCCCCCCCCCCCGCGCCAUCUUCUUCCAUCUCCGAGGGAUGUGGUUGAACAGCGAUGGAGUUGUUCUCUUCCAGUAUUAGACCACCUCCCUGUGCUUGUUUGAACGUUGCCGGUCAGUCUCACUGCAGGAGCAUCACUUCCUGAGCAACCAGGUUGGGCUAGAAUGGGGUGUGGAAGAGCCAGCCUGCGAGGCCCCAGAUCUGGCCCGCGGAGCCUCCUGGGUCUGCUCCUCGCACGGAGCGGGCUUUGGUCUUCAGCCUCCUCAGCAUCCGCCCCCUAGAGGAGUCCUCCCAGGAGGGAAUCCCUGCUAUGCAACCCAGCUGGGGAGCAUGGCAGCUCCUGCAGGCAAGGAGGUGCUUCCGAGUACUGGCUGGGCUACUUCGCAUGGCACCCCCCCCCCCCCCGAUACCCGACCCAAAGCCUGGGACACACCCAGUAUGGGGGACUCUGUGCUUUUCUCAGUAUGGAGAAUGGCUGAAAUCGGCUGGGGAAGUCCACUGCGCGAGUCUUCAGACCCACAGACCACAAUCCAGUCCCUCACCAUAAAACUCUUCUGCAACCUCGAGCUGGAAGCCUUUUUUUUUUUUUGUGCUGAUUUUUACUCAUUUCCUCACCCUGUAGAGUAAGCUUUUUCUUUCAAAUAAUAUUCCACGUGCAUUCUAAGGUGGUACAGUCCCAUGGGAGGACUGUACCAUGUGGCCUGCUGUAUGUUUGAAUAAUUACUUAAUGAACAAUGGAAAUGAACUCAGGAACUGGAAUCGCGAGAAACAAAAUUCUGCUCAUAACAUUUUGUUAGGGUUUUUUUAACCAUUGUAAUAACACAAAUCUACUCCGAGAGGUGACCUAGUAAACAUGAAAUUGGCGGAGGGCGCAUGUUUAUAGUCCUCAUUAGUGCAAUUUAACAUGUUGGUUUUCUUGCCUGUCAGCUUUGACGUUCCAACUGGAAUUCUAGUAAGACCAAGCUGUCAAAAUAGGAACUUUGAUUGUUAAUUUCACCUAAUCCUCCUUGAUGAUGUGGAGUUUGGAAAGUAACAACAUGUCUCCUCCUAUCCAUGUAUUUCUUCCUGGUAUAACAAGACAAAAAACAAGUGUGAUGUUGGUAUGAAUGAAUACAACUGGAAAAUCAAAAGUACACAGACAUUGCUUCCGUGUGAAGCCUUUUAACGCUGCUAAGACAUUGCUUUCCUCCAGUAGCUGGAAGUGAAAUUAAACAGAAGUUCUAACAUAGCACUUGGCAUUGGUAUCAGCAAUAUGCUUAAGACUCUUCUAUAAUGUUUACUUCAGCAAAGUUCUUGUGCAACGUUGAUCGAAAGCUUGCUCCUUGCAGGUUUAGCCCAUGCCAUUUCUUGUUCAGUGUGGCUGGGAAUUUAGGGAUGAAAGCUCACCUAUUCAACUUCUCUUUUCCAUUGCAAGGAGCUUUAAUUGCUGGCUUCCUCAUAUGUUGUGCAUGUGUUUACUUUCCUACCAAGACAGCCCAAAAACCAAACCAGUAAUUCCAACCACUGCUACCUCCCUGCAGGGAACAAAAAUAGAUGCAAGGAAGAGCGAUUCAGGCGCAAUUCACCACUAGUCCAUUGAGCUGAACAGAAUGUUGUAAAAUCACCAGAUAUUGCAAACAAGAAGCUUUCCAUUCAAUUCUGAAAAGUUUCACUGGUGCUUUCCCAGCACACACUCAAACAGAUUAUCACUGAAAUUUAAUUUCACUCUUUUCAAAAUCUCCACAGAUCCAAUUCAGAAAACCAGUAGGUUGUCCCUAUGCACCAACCAGGUCAGUGAGAACAACACAGAAAAUGCCAGUGUAAUUUAUAAUUUAGUCACAGCAUUGUGGGAUUUACUCCCAAGUAAGCAUGCAAAGGAUUGGGUUGCAAGCCUUAUCACGUGCUGCAAGAUAAUCCUGUAGCCUUCCUUGUUCCUCUAUGCAAACAAUGCUUCUGUGUUUGCUUCCAUAAUAGUAGAGUUUUAUCCACUCGCUUUAUUUAGUGCUUGUAGCAUCUCCAUUCUCAAUGCAGUUUAGCUGUUCUGUGUGAUACCAAAAUACUAUCUACAUAGUUAGGUGGACAUGUGUAAUCCACCAGAAAACGUAAGUAUCUCAGGUGUUGUUCUUGAAAGAGAGCAGAUGAGGUUGUUAAUUUGGACUGUAUCACUUCCAAACCCCAAGUGGGGUUGCACACGAUCAAAUGUUUGUACAUUCAAACAAAUCCCCUUUUGGAGUCAGGGAGAAAGUUCGGUUGCAAGUUCGGUUCCUUCCUCCAGGAAAUCCAGGUUCUACAUACAGAGAUUAUUUUUGUACGGAGUAGCAGAUCAUCCAUAGUGCUAGAUUGCAGGCUGCAACCACUACAGACCCUGGGCGACACUCGAUUUCUAUGCAUCGCUAUUACCUUGCUGUACAACUUUCAACUUCCCAGCCCCUAGUACUUGGAAUGCCACUUCCAAAGUAUUCUUUCAGUGCAAGAGAUUAGAGCAGUUUAGAAGUAUAUCUACUACGUCUCUGCUCCUUGAAACAUAGACUUCUGCUUGUUAGUAGGUUUCUACAAUGUUCAUUCAGGUCCGGAGUUACUAUUCAAUAGACGUUCACUGCAGAGUUUUUAUUUACUGACUUCAUGACUGUGUGCGGAGUUCGCUUACUCUUGCUGUACCGAGCAGCAAACCUAAAAAGAGUUGAAGCUGACAUCUUACUACCAGUGUUUCCUACUAGGCAACUUUGGGUUAUCAUUUUCCAAUGAGAGAGAUGGGAGAAAUAUUGAUUAUUCCAGACAAGGACUUGAAACUUAAGGGGUUCCUGCGGAACUUGUCGGAAAAGGGUUCAGUUCCUGUCUUAUGUUUACAUUAUUCAGCACAAGAGAGGAGUCACAAAAAUGCUGUGAUAAAUUUUCAAUAAAUUUCUGAGGAUGAA